AUGCUGCCUGUGUCCACGGAGGUGAAGACCAGCCCGCUGCAGAAGGCGAACUUCUGCUCGCGCCUGUUUGUCUGGUGGCUAAACCCCUUGUUUAAAAUUGGUCACAAACGGAAAUUAGAACCAGAUGACAUGUACUCGGUGCUUCCGGAAGAUUGCUCCCAGCACCUUGGAGAACAGCUGCAAGGGUACUGGGAUCAAGAAGUUAAGAGAGCCCAGAAGGAUGCACGGGAGCCCUCUUUAGUGAAAGCAAUCAUAAAGUGUUACUGGAAAUCCUAUUUAAUUUGGGGAAUGUUUACAUUUCUUGAGGAAGGCACCACAGUAGUUCAACCCAUAUUUUUGGGGAAAAUGGUUAGCUAUGUUGAAAACUACCAUCUUUCCGAUUCUGCCGCUUUGCACGAAGCCUACAGCUACGCGGCAGGGCUGAGCGCCUGCGUGCUCGUGUGGGCCGUUCUGCACCACUUGUACUUCUAUCACAUUCAGCGCUUGGGGAUGAGGCUGAGAGUAGCCGUGUGCCAUAUGAUCUACCACAAGGCUCUUCACCUGAGUAGCACCGCCAUGGGGAAGACCACCACAGGCCAGGUAGUCAACCUGCUGUCCAACGAUGUGAACAGGUUUGACCAGGUAAUGAUGUUCUUGCACUAUCUGUGGGUGGGGCCACUGCAGGCUGUCGCAGUGAUCGCCCUGCUCUGGAUGGAAAUAGGAAUAUCAUGUCUUGCCGGGAUUGUGGUUCUCAUUAUUCUUCUGCUUUUGCAAAGCUGCUUUGGGAAGUCGUUUUCAUCACUCCGGAGUAAGACUGCUGCUCUCACAGACAAGAGGAUCAGGACCAUGAGCGAAGUCAUAACUGGCAUCAGAACAAUAAAAAUGAAUGCUUGGGAAAAGUCACUUAUAGACCGUAUUACCAGACUGAGAAGUAAGGAAAUUUCCAAGAUUUUGAAAAGUUCCUACCUUAGAGGCAUGAAUUUGGCAUCAUUUUUCACUGUGAGCAAAAUCAUGAUUUUUGUCACCUUCAUCACCAAUGAGCUCCUUGACAACCGGAUCACAGCCAGCCAAGUGUUUGUGGUGGUGACGCUGUUUGAGGCUCUGCGGUUCUCGAGCACCCUUUAUUUCCCCAUGGCCAUCGAGAAGGUGUCAGAGGCUGUCGUCAGCAUCCAAAGAAUCAAG